AUGCAUCUCUGUAAGGGCAGGACGCUCGGUAUCUCGGUGGCUGUUGCCCACGGAGUGUUUUCGGGAUCCUUGAACAUUCUGCUGAAGAUUCUUAUUUCUCGGCACAAUUUCAUCUUUUUAACGCUGGUGCAGUUUCUGACGAGCAGCACCGCCGCUCUGACACUCGAGGUCCUCAGGAGGCUGGGUAAAAUAGACGUUCCGCCUUAUAGUUUUAGCCUGGCCAAAGUCUUCGCCAGCGUCACGCUGCUGUCCACUCUGCAGUCCUGUUUGACUCUGUGGUCGCUCCGAGGUCUCAGUCUUCCCAUGUACGUUGUUUUCAAGCGCUGUCUACCUCUCGUUACCUUAAUAAUAGGAGUUUUCCUGCUCAAGAACGGCACCCCCUCGAUCGGUGUCGGUGUAGCGGUGCUGCUCACCACCUGCGGAGCCGCGCUAGCAGGGGCUGGUGAUCUUUCCGGGGAGCCAAUCGGCUACGUGACCGGGGUAUUCGCAGUGCUGGUUCACGCCGCUUAUCUGGUGGUGAUUCAAAAGAAGGGCAGCGAGUAUUCCUACGGCCCCCUGACUGCCCAAUAUACCAUCGCCGUCUCCGCCUCGCCCAUACUGCUGAUCUGCAGCCUCGCCAGCCUGGAUGUGGUCAACGUCUGGUCGUACCCGGGCUGGCUGGACCCCGCAGUCUGCUGUACCUUCGUCUCCUGCAUCCUGAUCGGCUGCCUCAUGAACUUCACCACCCUGCACUGCACGUACAUCAACUCGGCGGUCACCACCAGCUUUGUGGGCGUGGUCAAAAGUGUGGCCACCAUCACGGUGGGCAUGCUGGCUUUCAAGGACGUGGUGCCAACCUCCCUGUUCAUCGCCGGCGUGGUGGUGAACACGGUGGGCUCGGUCACCUACUGCGUGGCCAAAUACUUCGACACGAGGCAGCAGGCCAAGUACGAUGACCUGGAAGAACUGACCAAAGAGGAGGAGGAAGAACAGACUGAAUCUCCCAGCGUUGCUCCCCAAGUGCUUGAACUGCAGGAAGUCCCCAGCACCGAGUCUGAGGGGAAUGGAAUCGGGCCCAUAGAACCGCAGGCGCCCCAGAACGAUGCACUGACGGAAAAUUACGUCGGUGUGUGGAGGUUAUUAAGACAGUUAACGGUUUUCGGGAAAGACCCUGCGGCUCAGGAUUCCCAGUAA